CGCCUCAAAUCAGUCCAACUUCUGCUGGUUGUCCAACAUGUCUUGCCGCAUCCGAGCACUCUCUCUGGCUGUCUGCCUGCUGCUGCUGGUGUCCUGCACCCAGGCGGAUCUGCGACGUCGCGCCUUCACCGCCGCAUCUGGCGCCAACUCCGCGGACAGGUUUAGUUCGCGCAUCGCGGGCGGCCAAGUGUCCGACGUGACGGCGGCACCGUAUCAGGUGUCGCUGCAGAACUCCUACGGCAAUCACUUCUGUGGCGGUGUCAUCAUUCACAAUCAGUAUGUGGUCACCGCGGCCAGCUGUUUGGCUGGCCUGCGCAAGAGCAACGUGAAGGUUGUGACCACCACGUACAACGACUGGGGCCUGGACGGCUGGGAGUACGCAGUGGAGGAGAUCAUACCCCACUGCAACUUCGAUCAGCCGCUGUAUCACAACGACAUUGCCCUGAUCAAGACGCAGAACCUGUUCGCCUACGAUGACGUGACACAGAACAUUACCAUUGCCCCGCUGGAGGAUCUGGUGGAGGGCGAGAAGCUCACGAUGUACGGCUGGGGCAGCGCCACGGCUGGCGGCGACUUCGAAUGGGAGUUGCAGCAGCUCGAUCUGACCUAUGUGCCCACGGCGAAGUGCAAUGCCACCUACGGCGGCACUGAGGAUCUGGAUGUGGGACAUCUAUGUGCCGUCGGUCGGCUGGGCGCUGGUGCCUGUCACGGUGAUGCCGGCGGACCGCUGGUCGACAGCCUGGGUCGCCUCGUGGGCGUCGGCAACUGGGGCGUGCCCUGUGGCCACGGAUUUCCCGAUGUUUUUGCCCGCAUUAGCUUCUACUACAGCUGGAUACAGUCCACCAUCAACGGCUGCACCCUUUCCUAAGCAAUAAAAUGUUUGUCACUUU